GUGAUGAGCUGAUCUGGGAUGGGCGUCCUGUUAAAUGAGAGUAGAUCUUUUUUUUACGCGAUAGCGAUAAUGAAUGGUGAUAUCACGUCAAAGGAACAUGGCGAUCUUUCAAUUUUAAAGUGACAAUAAUACCCUAGGGUAGUCCUCGCUUAUUUCCCGCUAGUUUCUUGUACUAUUCCGUUCUGUUCAUUGUAUGUUGCUGGUUUACUAAGUGCUGAAUAAUAUAAUUCCGUCAUAUCAGUGAGAGUGCUACGUCGUGUUGUGCUGAACAAUAACAAAAUAGUAGAAUAAUAUAGACACAAUUAAACCUAAUCAAUCAUCGUCUCGAGGGCUGUUUCUAAGAAAAUGGCCCGCGAAUAUGAUCACUUGUUCAAGCUGCUGAUCAUUGGAGAUAGUGGUGUGGGUAAGAGUUCCCUCCUUCUGCGAUUUGCAGAUAAUACAUUUUCCGGCAGUUAUAUCACAACAAUAGGAGUGGAUUUUAAAAUUCGAACUGUGGAAGUUGAUGGGGAAAGAGUAAAGCUACAAAUUUGGGAUACAGCUGGUCAGGAACGGUUCAGAACGAUAACGUCAACCUAUUACAGAGGAACACAUGGUGUCAUAGUCGUUUACGAUGUAACCAGUGGAGAUUCCUUUGCAAAUGUGAAACGAUGGCUGCAUGAAAUUGAGCACAACUGUGAUGUGGUUAACAGGGUCUUAGUGGGUAACAAAAAUGAUGCACCACAUCGAAAAGUAGUCCUCACCGAAGAUGCCCAGAGAUUUGCCACUCAAAUGGGUAUUCAAUUGUUCGAAACAUCUGCAAAAGACAAUAUUAACGUUGAAGAGAUGUUCAUGGCCAUAACGCGCCAAGUGUUACGAACCAAAAAGGAAAGGAAGGAACGUCAAGCUAUACAAACCAAGGAGACAGUGAACUUGAGCAAAAGUACCAAACAACAUAGACGCAAAUGUUGUUAGCAAUAAUAUUAUCUAAAACAUUACCACUCUUUCUGAUCAUUGUUUGCUAUGUUGAUAGCACAGAAUACGACAGAACUGAUGUUACCGAUGGACAUGAAUAAUAAUAACGUUCCAAAUUUUAUAUAGCAAAUUUCUAUAGUUUAAGAAGGCAUAGUCCAGUUACUCUUUCGAUAGGAAGGUGAACUUAAAUUUCGAAUUUUAAUAAAAGGCAUGGAAUCUUUCUGUACCUUAGAUAAGUGUGUUAAAUUAAAUUAAGUACAAACCAGUAAAGUAGAAUUUUGAAAUAAGAUGAGGUUAAAAGUAUGUGUGGCUCUCUCCUAAAUCUAAAUUCGCGAGCUUGGAAAAUUUACUAAACUUUAGUUUGAAUUUUAGUAUCUAAAAUCAACGCAACAACAAUGAAUCUUUCAAGCAUGUUGAAACGGAGGAUAGCAACACAAUGAAUAAACAUACAAUUUUGGCAUGUCCGAAAUGUCAGUUGUCUGUAUUAAUCUGUGGUAAUAGUGAAGGUACUAAGUCAGAUUCCAACCACCAAUCAGUGCUGAUACUAUUAUUUCUAUUAUUGUUACGAUUUUUAAUUCAUUAUUGCUAUCGUUUUUCAAUGCACAUCUCUGAUUGGCUACUGAAUAUCAUAAGAAAAAAUGUAUAUACACCGUCGCCAGCCUCAACUGUACCCCAAGUAUUCCUCUUUCUUUCAACCAAGUGUAUUCGAAUUCUUAUAUUGUUAUACGAUAAUAACAAAUUGUAUUGUAAUAUUAAUUAUUAUACAUUUAUAUAAUAAAUAAAUAGGCGUCUAUGCAUUUA